GCCGUUCCCACACGGCCGUGAUGAAAAGCAGCUGAUUGACGUUCUCGGCGCGGGAGGAAAAAAGUCAUUCCUCCAGCUCUAUUUUUGAAUCCACGUGUCUAACUUCCAUCCCCCUCGUUGAUAGAGAGGCUGAAAAGGCUGCUAUUCUUUUGAAGAAGUUUUCAUGGCCACACGAGAUAUAUAUAUAUGUGUCAGUGUUCCAAGUGAAAAAUCGCCACAUGUUUACAAAGCAGGACACGAGUUAAAUACUAUCAGGUACUUGCAAAAAGGUUUUUACAGGAGAUAUGAUGAGAUAUGAAUAUAAUGUCAAGUAUGUGAAUGACACAAAAGGUGCUUACGGCUUAGCAUUGUUUACAAGGGCAGGUUAAGGGUCCAAUGGGGCGUUAAAUACCCCGGGAAGGUGCUGGAUAAAUAUCGCAUUGGAAAAAAUUGGAACGACUUGAAGAAAUUGCCGAAGUCACCAUUUAAACAUCUGUUGCUUACACAAGCAAUGACAGCAUGUAUUGAUUCAGAGCGCAGUCCCUCGCGGUGCUCAUGGAGGCUUUAAAAUCUUACUUCAGUAAAUUCAGAAAACAUCGGAGUGUUUCAGGGGAUCGAGGAGUCUCGCCAAACAGGAGGAAAAGGAAUAAAUUCCGAAAAAGGAGCUUAAAUGACAAUCUGUCGGACGAGGAAGGGAAAAAUGGAAGUGUACCCCACGGAAAUUCAGACAUGUGCCUCUACAAGUGUAAAGUUUCUGCCGUAAGGAGUAUAUACGAGAAACCGCUGUUGAGAGACACCCUAUCUAAUUGUAGUUCACAGGGACAUGGGAAUGCAUUCAAAGAGAAAAUAUCCCCACCGACCAAACCGCCACGGAGGGAUCAGGUAUUCUCCGUCACUCUUCAGAACUUUCUCCCUCGAGAUUUGGGGAUUAUUUUAGGUUUGACUCAGGAAAAGUUGGACUACAGAGCCAGGACCAGGCUCCGCAGUGAGAACGCUGUAGAAAUUGGCUCGCCCAGUGACAAAAAUUCCAUAAUUCGAAUCAUUUUUAUCAAAGAGGGAAGUGUUGCUAGUGAAGAUGGACAAAUUCGUGUGGAUGACGAGGUCAUAAGUGUCAACGGAUGGAACAUGAUCCGAGAAAACACGGGUAGUGCUCGGUUGUUGUUAGCAAAUGCGGUAAGGUCGGGAAAAGUUACCAUGACACUGAGGCGGAAGAAAAAAAGGCCUGCGCCCCCUCCCCCCACCAGUCAGGACGCUCCUGGGAAAUCCUCUGUGGAUCACGAAAAAGAAAAUAAAGCCAUCAUGUCACAGUCAUUGAAUUCGUUGCCUGGCAACUCAGGUGGUCAAGACAAUUGGUAUCUUGGUAGCAAGGACAAUGGCAGCUGUUUGACUCUCAACUCCAUGGGUAGCUAUGGAAAUGACAUGGGGUCAGCAGAUGAUGUGUUCAUGGAUAAUCCUGGGGAAUUUCUACAGCUUGAUACUAAACCAGUGUUACAACAUCAAAUGAGUGAAAGUGCGAUAUCCCUGUCUUCAAGUUCCCGGAUAUCUAAGUCAGAUUAUGUGAAUGUGAGUAUAGGUAACAAAACCAGGACGCACAGUGCCUCCUUGAUAGAAGAUGUUGUGGAAUGGAAUACAGUUCCGAUUAACUUGACACAAGAUGUAAUGGACACAGUUAACUCGGCCGAAGUGACUCUUAAAAAAACAGGGAAAGGAGUAUCCCUGAAACAUUCAGUGGACCAAGAUCCAAAUAUGUAUUGUUCCGACCCUGAGCUGGUCAGCAUUAAUACUACUAAGCAUCUGUACAAGAAAAACAAAAAAGGUUGGCGGUACCACCAGGAUCGAGGUGGCACCCAGACCCCCACCUCAUGUUACAGCUCAGAGAGUGGAAGUAGUAGCCUUACCCCAAAGAAGCGGAUUGUCACAAAAAUGCAUUUACUGAAGGAUGAAAUUGGACUGGGAAUUCACAUCGCAGGGGGAAGAGGAUCUCAGAAGGGGGACAUAGGAAUCUUUGUGGCAGGGAUCACAGAGGGAGGAUCAGCAUUCAGGGAUGGUCGAUUGAAGCGUGGAGAUGAAUUGCUGAUGAUAAAUGGGAAGAGUUUGAUUGGGCUGUCUCAUUCGGAAGCAGUGGAUGUCCUCAGGAAUUCUCCAAAACUUAUUCAAAUUGUAGUGGCUUCAAAGGUAAGAAAAUCCUCAUCUGUUGCAUCCACUGGAUCAUCAUCUGUUCCAAGUCUGUGUUCAAUUCCAACAUCCCAGCAGCCCCCACCAGAGGUCACGACCCAAGAAAUGCCUAUCCCAGAAGUCACUGCUCAAACCCCAAGUGGAACAGUGUUCAACUGGGAAGAUUUGAUGGAGAGGUUUGCUCUACCAAUGGAGGAUACAUACAGAGGAAAGAUGGAACAUUCCAGUGACCUGUCCCACACAAUAACAGUCCACAAGGGGGCGAGGGGAAAGGGGCUGGGAUUCACUAUCGUUGGAGGAAGUGACUCGGAAAAGGGCAAUCUGGGAAUCUAUGUUCGAAGAAUUCUACCUCAUGGGUUAAUAGCUGAGGGAGGCAGCAUCAAGGAGGGAGAUGAGAUUUUGAAGGUCAAUGACCAGCCAAUGAAAGGGCUCACUCAUAAAGAGGCUAUUCAGAAAUUCCGUCAACUCAAAAAAGGACCAGUAUCUAUUACCUUUUGUAGAAGGUCGAGGUCGCGGGCUUCCAGUCCGUCACUGAAGUCUGGCAGGACCACACCAGUGGAGUUUUCUUCGGAUGGAAGCCCUGUCUCCACCCCUGGGAAUUCCCCAUCCCCUAGCUUUGAUGAUCUCGCCUCUUUUUGUGAUGAGAUUUUGGGAACACAUAAACGUUUUUCUGAUGUCAGUAACUAUGAUAACAGACUUAGUGACUCUGUAGAGGAACGAAUGCCUGCGAAUGAUAAAGACUGUGAUUCUGUUGAUGCUCAGAAGAAGAGGGAUUCUCUGCAGGAAAUCUUGCUUCAUAAAGAGAGCGGGAUAGGACUAGGAAUCUCCCUGAUCAGAAAGGAUUGUAAAGGAGUGAGCCAUAUAUUUAUACAGGACAUUUACACAGGCUCUCCUGCGGAUAAGGAUGGCAGAUUAAGGAAGUGUGACCAGAUUAUGGAGGUAAAUGGUAAACCCCUUCAGGGCCUGUCUCUGCUUGAUGCCUAUCAGUCCUUCCGAAGCCUUAAAGCUGGCCCCAUUGUCUUAGUGAUCAAAAGGGGAGAGAACUUUCUGACAAUUUCUGUCGACCUGGAACACAAUGUGACCAAGCAAUCCAGAGAAUGUGGGCUCAAAAAUCCAAGUAAAGACUUAGUAACUACUGCAGUUGUAGCAAUGGCUGCAAAGAAUGAUGACUCAGAGAGGACAGAAGUUGUGUCAUCUUCGGUGCCAUUAGAAAUCAAAGGUAAAUUCAAAAUGGAGGGGAGCACCACAGACUCCGAUUUCUCUGACUUAGACAUUCAAACUUUUGCAGAGAAAACUGUAACCUCUUCCGUACCAAGGAAAUCGGAUACCUCCCCUUAUGGGUCACCAAACAAAAGAGGUUACCCUUCACAUGUGGAGAAUUUUAACACAGAUGACUUUUACUCAGAUCAAAGUCCAAAGAAAAGGAACUUAAAUCAGUAUCCAUUUGGUCCGGGAAAGGAGAACCUGUUUAAUUUGAACUGGACUAAUUCUGUAUCAUCUCGAGAUAGUGCAAUAGGGAACUCGUUGAUGAGCACUCUGGGCUCUGCUCUCACCGAUACGUCGAGCUCUUAUGAGACCAACUCAGAUUCAGAGCAGAGUUUGUCAGGUAAUGGUGUGUAUGGGAGGUACCAGAAAAUCGACGGACCAACCGGAGAGUCCAGGGAAGAAGAAAUGCUGGUCCUGCACCGGUUACCAGGAGAAAAUCUCGGGAUGAUCCUGGGUAUCGACAGUGACCAAACCCAUCAGACGGUGAAAUCUGUGUAUGUCAAGACAGUAACAAUAGGGGGCGCUGCGUACCGAGCAACAGGCAGCAAGAAGGGAAUACAAGAGGGGGACCAGAUUAUCCAGAUCAACGGGACAGACCUUAACAUAUUGACUCAUGAUGAAUGCUUAACGGUUCUCCGGGAAAUGCCUCUUAGGGUCAUUCUGAAAAUUCGCAGAGGGAAAAAGAGAAUGAUUCCCGCAGUCAAAUUAUCACCUGCCCUGUCCAUGGCCAGCAGUAGGAGUUUCGGGGAUAGUCCACGCCCCCUGGUGUACUCUGAGUCAUCUAGUUACUCUGAGAGUGAGGAGGAGGAGGGGAAAUUUAUGGGGUUUAAUCAGAUACACAUAGAAAUUGACAAACACCCUAACGAAAGCCUUGGUCUAAGCAUUGUUCCUAGUUAUGGUUCAACUCGGCAGCUCUACCAGAUCAAGCGACUUUUACCUAGCGGAGCAGCUGCCCGAAGUCAACAAAUACGUGUGGGAGAUCGUCUCUUGUCAUGCAAUGGAAUUAGUCUUCGUAAUGUGUCACAGUCCAAGUGUCUUUCAGUACUGAAAUCAGAAGGAAAUUCGGGUGAUUUAGAAUUAGAGUUGCUGCGGCAGAAAGAAAAUGAAGACUUGUUGGAGAUUUCACUGAAGGUAUCCAACACCGACUCCACUGUGACUUUACAUUCACCAAGCCAACAGAGGAAGAACUUCAUAGCAGAUCUACCAGAAUCUGACUCCGAAAAUGAAGUGGUGCUCAAUAAGUUUCAAUAUAUAGAUAACUCUGUAUUAGAUCAGGAGUUAAGGACUAUUGAUCAAAACCAAAAAUCUGAAGUGCCAAAAUUAGAAAAUGUUAAGAAGCUUAACAAUAGUGACUCUAUAGAUACUAAUUGCAAACGUGAUAUUGGACUCAAAUCAAAAAACCCAAACAUGGAGGAGUCAGGCGAGUCCUGGAACUACGCGGUGCCGCCUCCAGCUGAAUUUUCCACAUAUGGGCCUGCAGUGCCACCACCUGCUGAGUUCUCAGAGGGUCAGAGUCCAAUAUUUAACCAAUCCAACAAUGGAAUUCCUGUCACAAAUAUUGACGAAAUCAUUCAGUCCUACAGACAAUCUCCAGUAGUACAAAGCCAGGAAAGCUGCAUUCCACAAUCGCAGAUGGAUGACACUGAAGAACAGAUAAGACACAUGGAACUUUUGACAGGAUUACAAAGAGAUGAAAGUGACUCUUUGGACAAUUCUCUCACUUAUUUCAAUGAAAAUCUGCCAGAUGAGAAAGGAUUUGAUGUGAUGGACAGUUUUCAGGGAGAUAAUGACAUAAACCAAUUUGUCCAAGGAGAUCAGGAUGUUGAUGCAGUAGAUGCAGAGCCAUUUAUUCCCCCUGCUCCCAUCAAUAUUGAAGACAUUGAUGUUGUAAAUUCCAAUGAUGAUGAUGAAUUUGUAGUCCCUGUCACUGUGCAAAGGCAGAACCACAUUCCUUUCACAUCCACUGUAACUGUGUCAUCUGUUAGUCCAACGGAAAUAGAAGAGGAGCAGAUUGUUCCGUCUGUUGAACUCCGUAAGAGGGUACCGACUUCAGCCACCAUAAAGUUGGAGGAGAAAAAACAUGAGGGGCCACCACCUAAACCCGUUCCUCAGCCUCGAGUCAAAUCUACUGUUAUCAACGUAGAGCGCAGUCCGGCUCCUCAAAUCUCCAGCAUGUCUGAUGGACAGGUUGUGGAGGAAGAAAUGGUGAGGGCAGAAUUCAAAGAGAGGCAGAGUGGAAAUGAGAAAUUCAGAGAGAAGUUAGGUGGAGAAGUGGAGGAGGAAAUGGUGGCAGUGGAGGUGAAAAGGAAUCAGAACUGGAAUGCGGCUAAACUUGCUGUUAUCACUAACAUGUGGUCAAAAUCUGCCAGGAAAAAUAAUGAUAGCGAGGAUAAUGGUGAGCAAAAGAAUCUAAAGAGUGUUAUAAAUGUUAUGAAUUCUAAGAAAAAGCAGGAUGUGAAUACAGCUGAUGAUUUAUUGAAGAAAGACAAGGUUGAAAUAGUCAAAGAGGAAACAAACUCUGAAGUUACCCCAAGAGAACAAAGUCUUCACAAAAAUGUCAUUGAAGUGUCAGCCCCUGUUCACAUAGAUACUGCAAAAUGGGAAGAUAAGGCUGAAAAAAUGGAAUCAGUUUCUCCAACAGACAAACAAACCAUUAGACAACUGGAACCAGUGAAGACGGAGAUGACUCAACAGACUGUUACUGUCAACAAUGGUAUAGUGGAUAGCAAGCCUGCUGAUGUUACUGUCAACAAUGGUAUAGUGGAUAGCAAGCCUGCUGAUGUUACUGUCAACAAUGCUAUAGUGGAUAGCAAGCCUGCUGAUGUUACUGUCAACAAUGCUAUAGUGGAUAGCAAGCCUGCUGAAAUAGAACAUGCUCCAGCUGUAUCCGCAGCACAAACAACAGAGAAGGCUCCCACCCCAGUUUUGUCUAAAGCAACAGAAGAAAACGUUCCAUCUACAACCCUUGCCAAAUCAACACAGGCUACAUCUCCUUCUCCCUUCAAAUCAUCCAUAUCAAUUACAAAACCAUCAAGUCUGCUUAGUACUAUUCGGUCACAAAACACUUCAUCAGCAACAUUGAAGCCCCUUUCCUCCAUUAGACCAGUGACUGUAAGUGCUAAGACGUUUUCUCUUGGAAAGCCUGCCAGUCUCUCUAGUUCUUUGUCUUCUGGGAGGAUAUCAUUGCUCUCUACCAUUCACGGCACAUCAACAUCUGCCAAGAAUACUCGCUCAGAAGAGGAACCAUUUUUAGUAAGUGUGCUGAAAGGAAUUCUGGGACUGGGAAUGAAGGUGAGCCUGACCCCAGAAGGGUGUGUCAGAGUGGACGAGAUACAGUCGAGUGGACCUAUCGCCAAGGACGGUAACAUCAGAGUUGGUGACUAUCUACUUUCCAUCAACAACACAGAGUUUACUGGACUUCCAGACACCAAGAUACAACAAAUACUCCGACUCCUACCCAGGGGCAUCGCAAAAAUCCUUGUAUCAGUCAAACCUCCUUCACCUGAUGGAGUUGCUAGACCAACAGAACUAAACCUCAGCAGUACUGAGUCUACAGUAUCCAAACACUCACCUCUGUCAUCUCCAAGAACAAUGUCAAGGCCAGCCUCAAUCUCACCUGCCGUGUCUCCACGACAACAUACGUCAUCUUCAUUGCAGCCAUCAUCCCCGCAACAACCAGUAAUGGAGAAAUCCAUAGCACCAGCUCAGGAGUCAGCAGUGAAGGUGACUGUUAAUCAUGACCAGUAUGCACCAGAGACGAAAAAAGUACCACCACCAGUGGCUCCCAAACCUAAACAUUCUUCACCUCCUGAUCACACCAGCAAACCUGGUUCCCACUGGGGAGGUGGUGGAUAUGUCAGCUCAGCCGUGGGAAGAACAAACUCUUUUGGGAAGAGGGAACCACAAACAGUGGAUGCAAGACCUCAUAUUCAGCCAAAGAAAGCAGAUUACGUGUCGUCUGCCAGAAAAAUGGUUCCAGAAAAAGAGGAGAAAGAACCUAUUGACACUGUGGUGUUUGCAUCUGUGGAUUUCAAUAAAAUAAAUGUUAUGUCACGUCAAACCAUGGGGCAGCCAAAACCAAAGCAUGUUCCAGAGCCACAGAUGAUCCCCAAAGGACAUGUGGACUAUGUGUCCUCCGCCAAACCGAAGGUUUCCUCACCAACCACCACUUCACCAAGAACAAAGGAGAUCCCACCAUCACCUUAUGCCUAUGAUGAUGUGUCCACCAAGAUCUCUCCUGUGAAGCUGAACUCAGCUUUAAGUCCUCGCAGAAAGAAUGAGGAUAAAUUUACCUAUGAGGUGUCUUUAACUGGUAAUAGAAUAAAAGGUAAGGAGGGGGAACAGCACACCAAUGAUUCACCCUUAUCAUCACCCAAAAGCCCAGUCACCAGCACAUUGCACUCACCCAAUAUUAUCACAUCAUCUUUGGAGUCUGAGAGUGAACUCGCAGCAUCUCCAGAGGUGCAUCCCAAACCUGUGUCUGACCCCCAAGAAUCAACCACAGACAGAAUGAAGGAAAACAGCGUACCCAAAACCUCACUGCAAGACCUAACACCAACUGUUGACAGCACUAACCAGUCAGCCGUGGAAAGCACAGAUGAAGUCAGUGUUGACAGCACUAACCAGUCAGCCGUGGAAAGCACAGAUGAAGUCAGUGUUGACAAAGUUGAGCAACCUUGUGAACACAGCACUGAUCAACCAAAUAUCACCAAUCCCUUCCAAAACACACAAAAUGUUGAUAGCAUGACAGAAGCACUGUGCACUGAUGUUGAUAACACUGAAUCACUUGUGGACCCUGCACUCACAAAUGACUCAGCACAAAAUGAUAAUGUUGUGAUUUCACAAAAAGGUGACCCUAUAAGUGGAAAAAACAACAAAAUUGAUGUAGAAAUUCUUAAAGACAACUCUGAUCCUGAAGAUGUAAAAAAUACGGUAGAUGAUAUUGAUAGUGAAUCGUUUACUAAAUUUGUUGAAGACAUAGUAAGAGGUGCUAUUCAAAAAGGACUUGAUGAAUUUAAAACUUCAGAAACAGAAGACAAACCUGCAGACAGUGAUGAAGGUAAGAAAGUAGAUGAUGAAAUGUCACCUGUGCAUGAUACACACCCUAGAGCGGUUAUGGAAACAAAAAGCUUACGUGCUUUCUUGCAAAAACUUGACUCUUCUGAAAAGGGGACGACAUCACCUGACUCAUACUCAUUGAAUCAAAAUCCUGUAGCUGAAAAAAUUGCUGUAGACAUGCUUAAGGCAUUAGAGGAAGAUGGUGAUUUCCAUACAGGGCACACAAACUCUGCUACUAAAACAUCUGCAAAUACAACCAAAAGCUUACUAACUAAUACAAACAAUGGUGAACAGGUUGACCAGUGCAUGUCUAUUUCCCAUGAUGCUUCUGUUGCAUGUAAUGACAUUGUGUUGGAUACACCCAGUUCAGUUAGCAUGUCUGUGGAUUUGGUUAAUGUGAAUAGUGUAGCUUCACUAGGGGAUAAUACAGUAAAUACUCUCUCCAUUCAGGAACCAAAAUUGUGUACAGAACAACAAAGUGAUGAUACAUACAAACAAGAUGGCAGCAGCAUUGUGGAGAAUUAUGUAAAUAGUGAUGUAAAAACUGAAGUUUCUGAUGAAGACAUAGAAAAUAUUGAAAUUGUUUUAAAUGACGAAAGUUUGGAUAAUUGUGCUUCUCCGAUCAACUUACUGGGAAGUGAUUUUAUUUCUCAGACCAGAUCAGAUUCUAGGGAUUAUUUUACCAUUAGCAGCAAAAGACCAUGGUCAGUUUGUAUUGGAGAGCAACAGUUCAGUUCUGAUUUCUCUGAUGUAAGUGAUAUCGGUCAGUUUCUGGACAGACUGUCACCUGUGGAGCUAGAAAAUUUGUUGAAUCCAGCUAAUGAUGAGCUGGAUUCGUUUGGAUUUGGAUUGGAUGCCAGACUUGUGGUCGUGUUACUGGACACCAAUGCCCAGGAGGGACUUGGAUUGCAGCUAUCUACUGACCAAAAUGGCCCUUUAAUGGUAUCAGAAGUGAUGUCAGGUAGUUUGGCAGACAGAGAAGGUCACAUUCAGGUAGGGGACAAGGUAGUUUCCAUUGACGGCAUGUCAACCGCAUCUCUCUCCCCAAAGGCAGCCAUGAAUGGGAUUGACACUUCUAUUUCUGGCCAUGUGAUUGUGCUGACCAGAGUGGAAGAGGACAACAUUGAUACGGAAGCUCCACCAACACCUGAGGCACCUCCCCCAGAACUUCCUGGAACAUCACCACCUGGUGUUCCCACAGAAGACGUGGAGGCUAUAGGUAUAAUACCCGAUUCUAUAAUGGAAGAGUCGAAAGAAAGUGAAACCAGCAGACAAGAGGUUCUUGACUCAAAAGUGGAGCUAUUUGAUGAAAAUAAGGAUAAUGCUGCCAAAUAUAGUGAGGAUUUGAAUGUGCCUGGUGCAGAACUUGAUAAAUUGGCAAUAAAUGAAAACAACUGGACCACAGAUUCGCUUAAUGUGACAAUUCCAAACAUUCUAGAAGUUUCCAGCCCUCAGGGAUCCCAGGAUUCAGGGCUAGGCAUGCCCAGUCCACUAGAUACUCCAUCCAGCCUUGAAGAUUCUACUUCUAGAGAAAAACCCAAAGAUGAUGAUCUAAAAGUGGAGCAGUCAUUUUCCAAUGGUGACCUUGAUCAAGCACUGUCUUCUCCUACAUCCACCCUUGAUAGUCUGGAACCACUGUCUCCUACUGUGUCUGAUGAUGCUGAUAAUGACAGCACAGAGAAGCAGACGUUAGAGGUUGUGAUGAAAAAGGGGGUAACUGGUUUGGGAUUUCUGAUUGAAGGAGGAAAAGCGUCAGCCAAGGGUGACCAGCCUCUCACCAUUAAGAGGAUUUUCAAAGGUGGCCCUGCAGAGAAAUGUGGCAUGCUGAAGGUGAAAGACGAAAUUCUGAAGGUGAAUGGAUUGGAGGUCACAGAGAUGCGUCACUCGGAGGCGUGGACACACCUCAAGUUCCUGGAUGAAGGGCCUGUACAUUUACUGAUACGCCGUAAGGCUGAGCCGACUGAGGAUUAAAGAAUGAUGAAAAACGGUCACAUGAAUUACAGACUUAAAGACCCUAUAUAUAGCUUCACCAUUUCCAAGAAGUUUAUUUUUUAUGCUUUGGUUAAAAAAUAUGUGUUAGAUUCCCUUUAAAAUAAAUACUUCAGUUAUGUGGGUGCUGCAAGCAAGAAUCGAAUCUCCCAACCCAGCUAGCCGAAAUAAUUAAUUUCUCUCUCGCAAAUACACCAUGUACUCUCAAUAAUAAUUUGUUUUUCUUUUGUUAUUCAUUUCACAGUUAGUCCAAAAUAGACCUGCUUGUUUUAUUUUGAAUGUUAAUGGUUAAUUGACCUUUAUCAGUGUCCAAAAUAGGUUCAGGAUUUAGUGAUUGGGUAAAUGAUUUUCUACCGUGAGAAAUGUGUGUACCUAUAUGUCUAAACAUAGGUUUAUUAGAAUCCCUGUGAGACUGGGAACUUCCAACAAGGUGGAAUUUCCCAAUCCCACAUGAGUAAAUAAAGAUUUUUCUCUCUCACAUUUUACCUAAAAAUGGUUUACACUGUAUAUGUAAAUUUUAAAAACCAAGGUUGUCCACCAGAAAUUAAGCUACAUCAAAUUAAUAAAAUUCAAAGAGAACAAUACACAAUAUUUUUUACUUCACUGUGUAACGUAAAUCAUAGAAAAUACAUGAUGUCCUAAUCAAUGACGUCGCAGUAGUGCGAGACAGAAAAAUCUCACAUGGCUGUCUCACAUGGGUAAAGUCGAUCUCACACUGGUGAUAAUGUGAGACAGAAAAAUCUCACAUGGCUGUCUCACAUGGGUAAUGCUGGUCUCUCACUGGUGAUUAUGUGAGAAUUACUUGGUUUUUUUUAAAUACAUUGUAUAACCCUGAUAUUAUUCUAUUUGUAUAAAAAAUAAGUAAACUAUCAGACAUUUCAGUUAUUUAUGUACUCCGUCUCUGAAUGGAUUUAGUCUCUGACAUUGUGUAUUUUUAAAAAUAUUCCGUCAUGAUGGCCUGUCUUUAUAAUGUUUUGAUGAGUAAAAGGGUAACAUCAUUCACAUAUAUAUAUAUAUAUAUAUAUAAUAUAUACUAGUAUCGCAGUGGUCUCAUAGUUGUAAUGGAAACCACUUCAGAAUUGUCUCUGCAAUUCCCUGUGAUUUAUUUUAAAAAUGUCUCAGAAGUUUACUAUAUGAAGGAGCAUCAAUCUGUAAAUCUUAUACAAGGAACAUAAACCACACAUUCAGAAGAGGUUGGAUAUUUUUCAUGUUUACACACAAUGUAGCCGCACACAAUGUUUGCGAUUUUAAAUAAGGAUAAUGAGAGCGUAAAUUCUGAACAAUUUUCACGAUUCAUACCUUGUUGUUUUUACUGCACUGUGACUUCUGUAUGUUACUGUUGAUGAUGCACAGUGCCAAUGUCUCAGGACCCCCCCCCCCUCAACUCAUUUUUCCAUAUACAUAUCCAUAAAUGUGCUGCUUUUGAUUCAGCGUGUAUUAUCAUGUAUCCAUCACUGCUUGUCAAAAUGUAAUCAGUGUUCUAUAGCUAUACACUAAAUGUAGAUAGCAAUUGAUAUACUGUUAUGUGUUCAACUGGACAAUCUUCAACAAGCUGUCUUAAAAGAGUUAUUUCCCUUUAAUCUUCAACAAGCUGUCAUAAAUUAUUCCUUUCAAAUCUGGAUGAAACCAUGGCUUAUAAUGAUUUUCAGAAUGAUCUUUGUUAACAUGUGUGUUUUGGUGUAAAGACAUUACAAUUUUCUGUGCUACAUAUCUACUUCCUAGUAUAUAUCUAUUGCAAUAUGUUUGAAUGAAGCAAUAUUUUCUACAAUAAACAUAUAUAUAUAUAUAAAGAACCUGU